UAAUCUGUAAUAAUCUCAGACUUUCUUGAAGGCCAUUAGAGAAUCUGUGCUUGCUUCAAUAAUUGCUCAAAGUCACGCGAGAUGCAUGCACGCACGAACUAAGCUAAGAACUUAAACUUUGCUUGCUCUUUCUCUCUCUAAUUGCUCAAUUCUAAACUUUGCUUCCUCCCAGAGCAAUGCCAUGGCCACGAAUGGACUUGCGUGCCCUUCUCCUUCUUCACCUUCUAUAUAUGUAUAUCAAUUCCCAUCAAGAAAAUUAAUUAAUCAUAAAAGGGGAGAAGCAACGCACACUUGAAACAAAUCAAGAGCUCGAGAAAUGGCAAACAAUGGCAAGAAAGGAAAUAAAACUCCUUCAAAGGAAUCGCUAGAUCGUAUAAUCGAAAACUAUCCUCAAAUUCUCAACAAAGAGACCACUGAUGACGAUUUUUGUCAUAUUAUUUAUGAGAUCAUCGGAAAGCUUAAUGAGGAGAAAGGGGCGAUACAGAUCAAAUUGCCUAAAAGAGAUGAACUGAAGGAAAGGUUUGACAGCAUUACGAAAGGGAAUAAAAGUAAAACAUUGACAAAGGAUGAGUUCCGCAGAAUUGUGAAGGAAAUCAUCACGUUUGACAGUUUCACAGUGGGAAAGGGAGCCCUCGACGCCAUUGCCUUCUUGUUUGGAGCCCCAAUCGGUGCUCUCUUUGCCAAAAGAUUCAUCCCUGGAGGUGCAUCGGUUUCUGAUGACAUACUCAUCCCUGCAGUCACCUCCCUCACUGUCUUCCUCUUGGCCAAAACUAACCGGCUAUAAAAAAUUAUUUAUUCACUUGUUUAAUUUAUGGGUGGCUGCUAAAUUACUGUUAUGUUGUAUUUAAAGAAUAAAACUCGAGUUCUUUAUGAAUUCCAUGCUAUAUUACUUGUUUGGAGAAUCUUAUAUACCUUAAUUCCAAUA